AUGUCGGACUUCAGGGCACAAGCGUUAAACGGAUCAUCAAAGCGCGGGAAUUUCAACAGUGGAGAAGGUCACCCAUCGAUCUUGCUCUCCCGAGACUACUGCGUAGUCAGUCGCGAUCGGAUAACCGAACAUAGAAGGUUACGGGGAACCUCCGCAAAACCCCAUAAUUUUGGUUCCUCAGGUAAAGUAGAACCUUACUUCGUAUAUGUUCUGUCGAAGCGUCCAAUAUUUCAACCCACUAACACCGAUUUUCGACCAUCGGCUAUUGUGAUCCAUCGGUUCCUGUCUGGAGGAACAUUGACCAAAGGUUGGCCAAUAACAUCCGGAACAACGUUACGGGACGUCCGUACUUCAAGCGACAACUAUAACGCAUGUGCAUGGUGGCCUUUUCCACAAAGGCUGGACGGCCAUUUUGAAGAUCGGUACCGGUUCCAAAUUGCAUGCAUCUGGUCCCGGAUUCGGAGGCGAGCGGUCGACAAGGGCAUCGCGGAACGUUAUUUCCUUCUAGAUUCGGCAUUACCUGCAGCAGGUGAACACGUUCGUUUGCCUCAAAUAAAGCUGCAAACCUUCAACGGGAACGUGGACGAUUGGCUGAGUUUUAGGGAUCUCUUCACUUCAUUGAUCCACUUGAAGCACGAUUUACCGGAGGUUGAAAAACUACAUUAUUUGAAAGGAUGCCUGGAAGGAGAGGCUAAAUCGUUAAUAGAUCCUCUCAAGGUUACAAAGGCUAACUAUCAGAUAGCCUGGGAUUUAUUGAACAAACACUAUAACAACAGUAAGGUUCUUCGAAAGCGUCAGGUACAUGCUCUCUUGAAAUUACCUUCUCUAUCUAAGGAAUCAGCUACUGAGCUACAUGGACUACUCGAGAAUUUCGAACGCAUUGUUUACACCUUAGAUCAACUUCUUCAACCCGUUGAUUAUAAGGAUCUUUUGUUGGUGGAAAUUUUCGGCUCUUGUUUAGAUCCCCACACGAGGCGUGGAUGGGAAGAAUACUCUGAAUCUCACGAGCAGGACACAGUCAAAUCUCUCACCGAAUUUGUCCAGAGAAGAAUCAGGGUAUUGGAGUCUUUGCCUGGAAGAGCGGUUCUAGACAAUAGACAAGAUUCGCAGAACACUAUUAGGAAAAGGCAACCACUAACGCGUACUAGCUACAACGUAACUCAAAACUCGUUCCCGAAAUGUCCGGCUUGCUCUGAAAAUCAUUGGCUUCAUCUCUGCUCAGCUUUCCAACGAAUGUCAGUUGCUAACAGGGAGUCUUUGGUCCGAAACAACAAUCUGUGUCGCAAUUGCUUUCGCCAAGGUCAUCGUGCGAAUGAAUGCUCUUCGAAAUAUUCGUGCAGGAAAUGUAAGGCUAGGCACCACACUAUGGUGUGUUUUAAAUCGGAAAACCUGAAUGAAAUCAACAAGGGCAAACAACAAGUCGAACGUCAUCAAUCUGAAAACUCGUCAAGGCUCGCCGAAGUACCAGGAACUUCUUCUAGAACCACUAUUUCCAACGUUGCUGCAUCUGAACCUGCAUCUGGAGCAGUUACUUCUGGCGCGAUUGAAAAAAGGUCCACUAAGGUUUUAUUGGCAACAGCGGUGAUUAUGAUGGAGGAUAAUUUGAGAAUUCGUUAUCCAGCCCGUGCACUACUGGAUACAGGAUCUGAAUGCAAUUUCGCAACUGAACGUUUAGCUCAACGGAUGAAUGUAGCAAGGGAGCGGCACAAUAUUUCGGUUCUUGGUAUUGGCGAUUCUUCCACCAAGGUCAAACACAAGUUUCGAGCUACAGUCCACUCGAGAGUUUCUGGCUACAAUCAAAUUUCGGAAUUUUUGGUACUCCCGAAAGUAACAGCAAAUCUCCCGUCUCAAUCCGUAAACAUAUCGAACUGGAAUAUUCCACCCGAAAUUCAGUUGGCUUACCCGACCUUCUUUAAAUCGAAUGGAAUCGACGUUGUCUUGGGAAUCCCUGCAUUCUUCAGCUUUUUUGCGUCUGGGAACAAAAUGCCCAUAGGAGAUGGGCUACCGAUGUUGACUGAAUCUGUGUUCGGAUGGGUGGUGUCAGGCGAAGUGGAAUCUACUGGGAAGCGGUUUUGGUCCUGCGAGGAAGUAGGAGCCUCUCACAACUAUUCUCCGGAGGAAGCGCUUUGUGAGGCACAUUUUGAGCGCACCGUCCGUCGUGGUUCAGACGGACGCUACACGGUAACACUUCCCAAGAACGAGCACACUUUCUCCCAACUUGGGGAUUCAAGGAAGAUCGCUCUGAAAAGGUUUCAAAGUCUCGAGAGACGAUUAUUGAGGGAUAGAGAUACUCGACAACAAUAUACCGACUUCAUGCACGAAUACGAAAAUUGCGGACACAUGAGGAAGGUUGAGGCAGGUGGUUUAGAUCACAAUCGGUGCUAUCUACCACAUCAUCCUGUGGUGAAAGAGGCCAGCACAACGACGAAGCUGAGGGUCGUUUUCGACGCUUCAUGUGCGACAACAUCGGGAAGGUCCCUAAAUGACGCUCUACUGGUAGGGCCCGUUAUUCAGCAGGAUUUAAGGGCAAUUGUCAUGCGUUGCCGAAUUUGA